CGGUGAACAGGAAAUGUGGCAAUGGCGUCGAAAUCUUUAAGUUAAACGUGAGUUCAGUCGGUAAACCGUGUAAACAGCAUGUUACUGCUGUAUUUGUUGAUCCUGUGAGGAUUAUUUCACCUCCAGCCUCAUAAAGAAACACUUUCCUCCGUGUUUGAUGGAGAAGUCUGUGUGAAACGUCCAGUAGAAGGAGGGGAGGAUGUCUGUUAGAGAACUGCUUUCAGACACACUGGAGGAUUUGGGAGAGGAAGAGUUCAAGAAGUUCAAAUGGUGCCUCCAAGACUAUGGAAUCAAGAUCCCAAAGAGAGAGCUGGAGAGAGCGGACCCGAUGGACACCGUGGAUAAGAUCAUGGGGACGUACAACCUGCAGUCUACAGAUGUGGUGAAAGAGAUUCUAGAGAAGAUGAGGAGGAGAGAUCUGGUGGAGGAACUAGAAAUCAGCAGCAGCACGGGAGGACAAGAUCAGGACAAACGUGACCAGAAUGGAAAAUCUCUAGCGAAGACUCGUCUCAAUCUUCCAGUGGCCGAAGCCUCUGAAGUGGCUUGGAAAAUGGACAGCUCCUGCAAAUUUGACAAGAUCAUCUGCAAAGAACUGAUCCAUUCAGGAUCUCCCACAGUCUACCAGCUGACACCAAAGAAGGACUAUAUUGGAACAAUCAGGAGACUCAGUUUUGGUGAAAAAGAUCUGAACAAGACGAACAGAACCGUCUUGCUUGUUGGUGAAACAGAUACGGGGAAAUCUACCAUGAUCAACGCUUUGGUCAACUAUGACAUGGGAGUGACGUGGGAGGACAAUGUCUGGUUUAAGAUCGUUGACAAAGAGAGAAGCCAGUUUGAAGGUCACACAUCAGACGUGAUCGUGUACGAGAUCUUUGAUUUUGAAGGUAAAACUCUGCCCUACUCUCUGACCGUCAUCGAUACACCAGGAUUCGGUGACUUCAGAGGGGUAGCUCGAGCUGUUGUCAGGGAAAGAUUGUUUGACUUGUUCCGCUUGAGGGAUGGAGUUCAUGAAAUCAAUGUUGUUGGUUUGGUGCUUAAAACAGGAUGCAAUGGCCUGAGUGACCGCUUGAGGUACAUCUUGGAUUCAGUGGUUUCUCUGUUUGGAAAAGACAUGGAGAGGAACAUCGUCCCCCUCAUCACACAUUCGGAUGGAACGAAACCUAAAGAGACUCUGAAAACUCUCGAGGCUGCAAACAUCACAUGUGCCAAAGACAGAAGAAACCAGCAAGUUCACUUCCUCUUUAAUAACUGCCAAAAUAAAGACCGAACAGGGGACAGAGAAGCCCUUGGAAAUGCAUUCAAAACAACAACCAAAGGACUGACACAGUUCUUCGAGUUUCUGGAGAAAACUGCACCUCAGAAGAUAGAAAAGACAGUGGAGGUUCUGAACAAACGCAUCGGACUAAGAGGCUGCAUCCAAAACCUGCAGGAGCGAGUCAAGUAUAUCAAACUAAAUCAGACAGAAAUCCAGCAGUAUCAGGAAGCUCUAAAGAAACGUGAACAAAUCAUGAAGAGCUUCGUUGACCAUAUUGAGCAGGGUGUUCAAACCCAGGAGAAAAUCCAGCAGCUCCAGGAAGCUCUGAGGAAGUAUGAACUAGAGAUGAAAAGCAACGAGAACUUCAUUGUAGAAGUUGAUGAGCCCUGCAAAGUUAAAGAACCUUUCAGUGGUGGGUUGUGGUUACUGGGGGUUUUUUAUGAAGGUGCUACAUGCUGUACCGUCUGCGAGGAGAACUGCCACUAUCCUGGAUGCACAGUGGCCUGGAGUCCCAGUAGAUGUGAAGUCAUGAGCAAGAACAAAUGCACGGUGUGCCAAGGGAAAUGUCCGGUGUCUGAUCAUGUGAAAGAAGAAUGGCGGUAUGUGACCAAGACGAGAAAAGUUCAGAAGACUCUCCCAGAUAUGAAGGAGAAGUAUCUUAGAGGAUUAGAGGAGUGUGUGAAGGUUAAAGCUCAACUGGAAGGGCUUAAAAAGGAUAAAGUCAUUGUAAAGGAUGUGGAAGAGAAGUUUGAGAGGAUCAAAUCAGAGUAUGAAGACACAAGAAGCAUUCUGAGAGUCCUUGAGGAGGAAAUGGAAAAACAUCAGAGAGACAAAGAUCAGUGCUUAGAGGAGUCCUUCAGGUAUGUCAUUGAACUAGAGAAGAUCGCUCUGAAUAUCGACUCACUGUCCACUCUUGUCCACUUGGACUUCUUGAUUGAGCAGUUCAAAGAGAAAGGAGACACACAGAAAGUCCAGGAAUUGGAGAUGAUUAAAAAAAGAGUGGAUGAAGCAAUCAGAGCACUGCUCGAAAGUGAUCACAGACAUAACUGUGUCAUCUGUUAACAUCAUACUUUCAUCUAUAAGCGUUACUUGGACAUGUUAGAGUUUCUGGAAUCCAAGAGCAAUACUACUUCACUGUUCUGAUAAAUUAGUGUUGGUCUUCUUAUAAUAGGGUGGUCUUUAAUGUAGUAGUUAAUGAUUACGGGAGUCUAUUGUAAUUGGCCACAUCAGAGAGAACAGUCUAGACAUGCCCUACUUGUAAAGUGUCUUUACAUGACUGUAGUUAUGGAUUGGCACAAUACAAGCAAUGAUCGACUGAUUGAUUGACAUGUUGGCAGCAGCAUAAGGAUGGGUAAUCCCUAUGCUGCUGCCAACAGAGUGGUUGGUGCAUGGCUUGUCCAGGAAAAUUACAAUGUUUGGGGACAACAGAAAAUGUGUGGACAUCUCUGGGGUUGUAACAAUGUUUGGGGGCUUGUCUGGGGACGUAAGAAGAUGUGGGGGCGUCUCUGGGAACGUAACAAGGUAUGGGGGCUCUUCUGUAGACAAAAGAAGAUGUGCAGUCAUCCCUGGGGUCGUAACAACAUUUGGGGGCUUGUCUGGGGACAAAAGAAGAUGUGGGGGCAUCUCUGGGGACAUAACAAGAUUUGGGGGCUGGUCUGGGAUCUGAUCCCAAGACCUCUUGGAUCCAGAGAGACUCAUAUGCCCUUCACAUGCCACACAACUUGUUUCACACCCAACCCCAUGCCUGUCCCUGCAGACGACAAGUCUCAGCUCUUUCCUUGCAGGCAUUCUUUAGGGUGCAUCAGGGUCGGCCUAUUCAGUGUUUUCCAACCUCUUUGUGCUCUGUGCCUGGCUUUACACUGAAAUUGUGCGCUGUAAAAAUAGCUGGAUGUAGACAGACAUGCCCUGAUAUUGCAGUAUACCACAUGCCUUAGUUAGUGUGCUUUACAAUGUCAAAAUAAGGCUCUCAUUAUCAGUAUGUCACAUUAAUCACAUUUAGCAGUUUGUACAGAGGAUGUAAUAGAAAUAUUCAGCUGUACAGUUAAAUUACAUUCUUUAAGCUCAUGGUAUCUGAUGUACUGUCAUUUAUAUCCUCAUUUUUUAUGACUAUGUUUUGAGUGAAUGGUCUUCUGAAGACACAGCAAAGGUAGAAACAAUCAUAUCCAUGGAGAUCAUCCAGGUUUUAUUCUUUUCAGUAUAUAAUCCAAUCAGGAUUGAUGAUGAACUGAAUCCAUAAAAGAAAGGUUUUUUAAAAUAAUUUCUGCUUCUGUCGGACUUUGAACAAAG